AUCAAUCCGACAACCUUAGAGUAUCGUAGAAUUCCAACCUCUCCUCUGGCUCUUCCUAAGUCUGGUGCCUCUAGCACGUAUGCUCUAGGCUAUGAUUCUGUUAGUGACGAUUAUAAGGUGGUUACUCUUUCUUAUUAUAAGAAUGAUAUAUCCUGUACUUUUGUAGAUGUUUACUCUGUGAGAAUGUGUUCAUGGAGGCGACUUGAGAGCUUAUGUACUGAUGGUGCAAUUCCUAGGCACGGUUUUGCGGUUUUGGUAAAUGGGGCUUUGCAUUGGUUGGCUGGCAAAUCUUUUGCAUCUGCAAUUGUUGCUUUUGGUUUAAGUGAUGAGAAAUUCUUUGAGGUGCCAAUGCCUAUUGAUGACAAUCAUUAUCCGUGUCAUGAUUUUGUGGGUCUUAGAGGGUGCCUUUGUCAGGUGGCUAAUGUUAAACUAAUAGCAAACAAAGUCGAUGUUUGGAUCAUGAAAGAAUAUGGGGUUGCAGAGUCUUGGACCAAAUUUAGUGUUACAAGACAAAAUUUAGCUUUCACUCCGUUGUGCUUAAUAAGUGAUGAUGAUAUUGUAUUUGAUGUGUGUGGAGAAAAGAAGUUGAUUGUCUACAAUAAGAAAGAGGAACAGUGGAGAGAUUUGAAUGUUGAUGGAAUAAUUGCUAAGUUUGCAAGGAUUAGAACUUUCACGGAGAGUCUUGUCUCUCCUAUGUUUGGCCUUGAUGCAAUAUUCUGAGAUGAUGUUAUACUCAGGGAUGGAUAUAUCUGCUUCUAUGGAAUUGAUUGUUAGAGAACUUGGACAGACUCAUUGAGGCCUGGAUUUCAAUAUAUUUUUAGUUCCAAGACUGUUGCUCUUUAAUUAUGAUGUUAUAAAAUGGAUACUAUUUAAGAUCUUAAAAAAGAUUACUAUCGUAGAAGUAGAGUUUUUGAAAUAGAUUUGCAUUUAUGAUUUGUAUACUGUUUAGUAUACAAAGGAUAGCUCUGUAGCACCGUCAGGAGAAUACUAGUUGAUUAUUCACAUA